AUGCACCCACGGGAAAUUGACUGGUGCUCUUCGCAGUCAAAACCUUGGAGUAAUGCCUACACAUCGCUACUGGCUACUGGAGGGCCGCGAUACAGAGGCCGCAUUCCCUUUAUAGCGUUUCUGUCGGAGCCCGGGCCAACAACGGUACACAUUUCUAGAGCCAACGAUCAUGGUCCUGUUGCGCACUUCUUUACCCCGGGCACAUCUGAAAGCGGCCAAACAAACACCUUUGCCAUCAUCAAGUCCUGGCUGCAUCAACUUGUCUCUCAAAGCUCUUCCGCUCUUCAAGUCGCGCUCAGCUUCUCGGAGCUGCAAGAGACACCCCGGGCCAGCUCUGAAGAUACCGUGCGCCUUUUAAGACUGGUUCUACAAAAGCUUAAAAGCUGUACUCUUAUUGCCGACGGACUGGACGAGUGCAUUUGGCCCCUGCCCGAUGCAACGUCGCGGGCCGAAGAUCGAGACAGAGACUCGGUGGUUGGACUUUUCAGCACCAUCGCAGAGAUCGCGAGCGAGACCUCAACACGUGUUCUUCUCGUGAGCAGAAAAGAGGCUUAUCUGACAGCUGCCUUUGAGUCUUUUCUGGCAAGAAAUGCGAAUACCGCUGUCCACACCAGUCAGCAUUUCACCGACCCGAGCGACGUCGGUUCAGACCCGCUUGCCUUUUCCAAGAAUAUGGUUGAGAACAAAUUACCCAACAAAACAAAAGAGGAGCAGGCUGAUUUUGCAGAAAAGAUACACGUCAAGUCCGACGGAAUGUUUCUGUGGACCAAAAUGAUGGAGAGGAAUCUGUCCGAGGACUUGACAGUCCCGGACGACGUCGACCAAGACAGAGGUUUUGUCGAGGAGCUUGACGAAGACAGUCUACCUGACAGCAUCGACGACAUGUAUAUACAAUCUGGCAUUGUCGAGCUGUGUGGGUCCUUGGUUGAAGUCCGGCCCCUGCAAGUCUUGGACAUCUCGAACGCGUCACGCUCUUAA